UCCCAGACUCUGCUCGUGCCUAGGCACAGAGAACUAAACAUUCCAUAAAUGGGGGCUGCGGGCAACCUUAGGGGGCUCCGGGGAGCUGGAGCGGGCAUGCAGAAAGCAGGGGAGGCUCCCCCGAGGAGGUGAGAGCUGAGUGACGGCCGGCCGGAGUCAGCCAGCGGGUGGAGCGGGAAGGGGCAGGGAGAGCAUUCCUGACUUCAGUCUCAGAAGCGUGUCUCCCCUGCAAGGUGACCCGCAACUGAACUGCGAGGAGCAGAGACUUUUCUGCAAGAGGCCGCCGGGGCCGUGGAUGGGGAGGGCGCGCCGCCCGGCGGUCCUGGCGCACAGGCGGCCGCGAUGAGGGUCAACGAGAAGUACUCGACGCUCCCGGCCGCGGACCGCAGCGUCCACAUCAUCAACAUCUGCGCCAUCGAGGACAUCGGCUACCUGCCGUCCGAGGGCACGCUGCUGAAUUCCUUGUCCGUGGACCCCGACGCCGAGUGCAAGUAUGGCCUGUACUUCAGGGACGGCGCGCGCAAGGCGGACUACGUCCUGGUGUACCAUCACAAGAGGGCCUCGGGCAGCAGGACCCUGGCCAGGAGGGUCCAGCACAGCGACGCCGGCCUGGCCACCCGCAGCGCCCGGCAGGACCGGCCCCUGCCCGGGAAGGCGGGCCCCGUGGGUGCGGGCGAGCCCGAGCCCCCGCUGGACUACCACGAGGAUGGCAAGCGCUUCCGCCGGGAGGAGUACGAGGGCAACCUGGCGGAGGCCGGCCUGGAGCUGGAGCGGGACGAGGACACGAAAAUUCACGGGGUUGGGUUUGUAAAAAUCCAUGCACCCUGGAACGUGCUGUGCAGAGAGGCUGAGUUUUUGAAACUGAAGAUGCCGACGAAGAAGCUGUAUCACAUUAAUGAGACCCGUGGCCUCCUGAAAAAGAUCAACUCUGUGCUCCAGAAGAUCACGGACCCCAUCCAGCCCAAGGUGGCGGAGCACAGACCCCAGACCACAAAGAGGCUCUCCUAUCCCUUCUCCCGGGAGAAGCAGCACCUAUUUGACCUGUCUGACAAGGAUUCCUUUUUCGACAGCAAAACCCGGAGCACGAUAGUCUACGAAAUCCUGAAGAGAACAACGUGUACCAAAGCCAAGUACAGCAUGGGGCAAGGAGAGGGAAGAAAGAAGGACUCUGCCCUUUUAAGUAAAAGGCGAAAAUGUGGUAAAUACGGCAUCACGAGCCUGCUGGCCAAUGGCGUUUACUCGGCAGCCUACCCACUGCACGAUGGAGACUAUGAAGGGGAGAACGUGGAGUUCAACGACCGGAAGCUCCUGUACGAAGAGUGGGCGAGUUACGGGGUCUUCUACAAGUACCAGCCCAUCGACCUGGUCAGGAAGUAUUUUGGGGAGAAGAUUGGCCUGUACUUCGCCUGGCUGGGCGUCUACACCCAGAUGCUCAUCCCCGCCUCCGUGGUCGGGAUCAUCGUCUUCCUCUACGGAUGGGCCACCGUCGAUGAGAACAUCCCCAGCAUGGAGAUGUGUGACCAGAGACACAACAUCACCAUGUGCCCGCUGUGUGACAAGACCUGCAGCUACUGGAAGAUGAGCUCUGCGUGCGCCACGGCCCGCGCCAGCCACCUCUUCGACAACCCCGCCACUGUCUUCUUCUCCGUCUUCAUGGCCCUCUGGGCCGCCACCUUCAUGGAGCACUGGAAGCGGAAACAGAUGCGGCUCAAUUACCGCUGGGACCUCACAGGCUUCGAGGAGGAGGAGGACCAUCCAAGAGCCGAAUACGAAGCCAGAGUUUUGGAGAAGUCUCUUAGGAAAGAAUCCAAAAGCAAAGAGAAGCGCCGGCACCUUCCGGAGGAGCCCACAAACAAAUGGAGGCAGAGGGUUAAGACAGCCAUGGCGGGGGUGAAAUUGACGGACAAGGUGAAGCUGACCUGGCAAGACCGGUUCCCAGCCUACUUCACCAAUUUGGUCUCCAUCAUCUUCAUGAUCGCAGUGACCUUCGCCAUCGUCCUCGGCGUCAUCAUCUACAGGAUCUCUACGGCCGCCGCCUUAGCCAUGAACUCCUCCCCCUCCGUACGGUCCAACAUCCGGGUCACUGUCACGGCCACGGCGGUCAUCAUCAACCUGGUGGUCAUCAUCCUGCUGGACGAGGUGUACGGCUGCAUAGCCAGGUGGCUCACCAAGAUCGAGGUUCCAAAGACCGAGAAGAGCUUCGAGGAGAGGCUGAUCUUCAAGGCUUUCCUGCUGAAGUUCGUGAAUUCCUACACCCCCAUCUUUUACGUGGCGUUCUUCAAAGGCCGGUUCGUCGGACGCCCAGGCGACUAUGUGUACAUUUUCCAUUCUUUCCGGAUGGAAGAGUGCGCCCCAGGGGGAUGCCUGAUGGAACUCUGCAUCCAGCUGAGCAUUAUCAUGCUGGGGAAGCAGCUGAUCCAGAACAACCUGUUUGAGAUUGGCAUCCCGAAAAUGAAGAAGUUUAUCCGUUAUCUGAGGCUGAAGCACCAGAGCCCCUCUGACCACGACGAGUACGUGAAGAAGAAGCAGCGGUACGAGGUGGAUUACACCCUGGAGCCCUUCGCGGGCCUCACCCCGGAGUACAUGGAGAUGAUCAUCCAGUUCGGCUUUGUCACCCUGUUCGUUGCGUCCUUCCCGCUGGCCCCGCUCUUUGCACUGCUGAACAACAUCAUUGAGAUCCGCCUGGACGCCAAAAAGUUCAUCACCGAGCUCCGAAGGCCGGUGGCCGUCAGAGCCAAGGACAUCGGAAUCUGGUACAACAUCCUCAGAGGCGUCGGGAAGCUUGCUGUCAUAAUCAACGCGUUCGUGAUCUCCUUCACGUCGGACUUCAUCCCUCGCCUGGUGUACCUCUACAUGUACAGUGAGAACGGGACCAUGCACGGCUUUGUCAACCACACCCUCUCCUCCUUCAAUGUCAGCGACUUCCAGAACGGCACGGCCCCCAGCGACCCCCUAGACCUGGGCUACGAGGUGCAGAUCUGCAGGUACAAAGAUUACCGGGAGCCACCAUGGUCGGAACACAAGUACGACAUCUCCAAGGACUUCUGGGCCGUCCUGGCCGCCCGGCUGGCCUUUGUCAUCGUCUUCCAGAACCUGGUCAUGUUCAUGAGCGACUUUGUGGACUGGGUCAUCCCUGACAUCCCCAAGGACAUCAGCCAGCAGAUGCACAAGGAGAAGGUCCUCAUGGUGGAGCUGUUUAUGAGGGAGGAACAGGGCAAGCAGCAGCUGCUUGACACGUGGAUGGAGAAGGACCGGAAGAAAGCGGAGCCCUUCAACAACCACAGCCCCACGCCCCCUGCCCCGCCAGACAGCCCCGACUUCCCCGGGGGCGCCCUGUAGCUGGCGGGCAUCCCCGUCGACGACGCGCACCCUCUCCCGGGGCAGGCGACUUCGCACAACCCCCUGGUCCAGUGGCCCCUGGGUUUGUGACAAGCCUGGAAGACCACUUUCUUCUGAUAGGACAACAUUUCCCCGUCUUUUUCUGUUUUGUUUUGUUUUGUUUUUCUUGUUUUUGCACAAAACCAUUAGGCAGGGAAUUCUGUUAUCUUUAGUAUUCAAGGUUAAUCAGAGUGAUUGCUGGGGACAGGGUGAUACACAGCGGACGCAGGGGCUUUGCGGAAGCGAUGCUUGGAGUCUGGGGUCUCCUUGGCCGUUGGCGGUGAGCAACAGCCCCCAGAAGACAUCGUCUUUAAUCCUCCUGAUGCCUUAAGAGAGAGGCGAGGUGGUAUUCCAAGGCAUUAGACAAAAGCUGGUGCGAGAUCUGAGGGCAAACAGAGAAGUGGGUAAGGAAUAAACGAUGCUGACACCAGUUCCAAAAGACAUCACCUGUCUCUAGGUUGAAAAAGUGAGAUUUUUCAUCACCUUUUCCUUCCCUGGAUUCAGAAACCGAGACACUGGUCAGAAAGAGAGGUGCCCUGGCUCUGUCCACCCAGAGGGCCAGGAAGCUCUGAAUUUACUCUUGGAGAACUAGCGGGGUGCAGGUGUCCUGAAUGAGCGGUGACUGGCACCUCUGGGGUCCCCACCAGCAACCACAUGCCUCCCCCACCUCAGGGUGACAGAAAAACGGGCGGUGAGGGAUUAUGACCUCGGAGGCAUUUCUGCAGACGGCUUCAGGGUUGCAAGAAGUCUUAAGGCUUCUGGGGGUACUUUUGCAGCUUCAGAAUAUUUAUUGGGUUUUUUUUUUAAUCAAUUCUACAGUGGAUGUAAGGGUUUUUUCUCUGUAGCUCAAAGGCGGAAGGCGUUUAUUUUAUUAGCUAACCAAAUAUCAUUGAGAGGAAUUUAAAAUACUGUUAAUACCAAAGAUUUUUAUUAAUAAAGGCUUCUAUUUUGGUAACACUUCUCUAUAUUUUUACUUACAGGAAUGUUACUGUUGGACUGUUAUCAUUUUAAAAGCUUGUGAAAACAAAUCUCAUAGCUGAUAAGAAUGAUCUCAAUUUGCAGCCAUUAUACUAACCGAUGAUCUGAAAUUUCUCAAGCGCCCAGAGAAACAUAAAAGAAAUGUUUCACCGAAGGGAGGCACGAAAAGAUAAACGUGUCUGUCUUGAACGUGUGGUCGGUGAGACGCUGACAUUCCUGUGAGCUGUCAACUAGGGGGGAAGUCCGUAGGUGUAGCAGAUUUUCGUUAUUUGCUAAAGUCAUGCAAUCUGAUGCUUCUACUUUCUCUUGUACAGUAAGUGGUUUGAAAUGGGGUUUUUUGUAUAUAAACAUUGUAUUAAAAAUGAGGUGAUUACCAAAAAUCCUUUUAUGGAAACCAUUCUUUUUUUAAAAAAAGUGAAUGUACACAAAUCCACAGAGGACCGUGGCUGAACGCUCGUCUGA